CUUCAAGAUUUAAAAAGAAAACAUUGAUAAAUCUCUGCAGUGAUCAGCUGAGAAAAUAUUGAGAAGAUGGCGAUGACGGUGUUUGUCGCGGCUCUGCUCUCUGUUUUCACGGGGUUUGUUGUGUCGGUUCCUGAUGGAUUCAAGCCGGUCGACUGUUCUGACCUUUAUAAAGCAGGACAAACAGUCAGUGGGAUUUACUCCAUCUAUCCAGCAGGUGAAGUUCCUGUCUGGGUUUACUGUGACAUGAUCUCAGGUGGGAAAGAUGAAGACAAUGGAGGAUGGACGGUGAUUCAGAGGAGAAUGGACGGCAGUAUUAAUUUUUAUCAGCCGUGGAAUCAGUACAAGAGAGGAUUCGGGACCACCGAGGGCGAAUACUGGCUGGGGCUGGAGAACAUGUACCAGCUGACACGUAACAGGAAGUACAUGCUGAGAGUGGAUCUGGAGGACUUUGAAGGAAGCAAGGGUUUUGCUCUGUACUCAUCCUUCUCUGUGAGUUCUGAAACUGAUGGGUAUAAACUGCAUGUUUCAGGAUUCACUGAUGGAGGAGCAGGCGACUCUUUAUCUGCCCAUAAUGAUCAGAAGUUCUCCACCUUUGACAAAGACCAAGACUCCUAUGGAAGUAACUGUGCUAAAGAGUUUCUGGGGGCAUUUUGGUACAAAUUUUGUCUCAAUGCAAACCCCAACGGUGUGUAUUUAUGGGGAGAAGAUGACACCCAUUUCAGCAUUGGUGUUGUUUGGUCAACCUGGAAGAGCAGUUUCACUGUCAGUUUGAAAUCAAUCAGCAUGAAGAUCAAACGUGUAUCUUAGGAAUAUUAGUGUUUCUAGAAGCAAUCAUCUGCGAUAUAACAAGAUUUAAUGUUGUGCUUUCCUUCCUUAACCAUGCAUCAGAGUAAACCAAUAAUGUUGUCUUUAUUUUUUGGUCAGCUUUUAAUGUCUGUCAGAGGGCUUGAAGUCUGUCCAGAUGAAAACAGAAAACAGGAGCUCACAUAAGAACAGUGUGCAUGCAAUAACGUACGCCACAGAAGAAGUCAUCUUAUUACAUUAAUGUCAUUUAACAGUAUUCAACAUUAGGUAAAAAUUUAGGUAAAGGCUGCCCUCAGCUGUACAUAACUGAAUACAACAUUAUUCAUACAUGAAAAGAUGUUAUUUCAUUGAACCACAACUCUGGACCAGUAAGUCUGGAUCACAUGACGGUCCCAUAUACAAUGAGUAUAACCUCCUAUAUCAGACUUGCAUUCAGGGCAGAGCGGUGAAAUAGUUGAAUUGUGUGUCUUAUAUGAGGCGUAAUAUGAGGAUUCUGUUACACACUGAAAGCCAAUUGGUCUGGGACCAGACCGUCUCCCACUCCUCUUCCAAAAUAUCAGAGUCAGAAUCCACUUUUAUUGCCAACUACAACAUGUACAAGGAAUUUGCUUUGGUAUGCAGGUGCAUAAAAAGAAGAAUAAAAACAUCUAUAAAUUUUAGAUAAUAAUCCAUAAAUAAAAUAUCCACCCUGAGCUCUUUAAGUUCCAUAGUGCAAUAUAUAGUUUUUUUUUUUUUUUUUCUGAAUAACAAGGAAAUAGAAAUUAAUUUUUGCCAUACGACAACGCCUUACAAGAGGGUUAAAUCAUUUGAAUGUGUUCACAAGGCAUUGUGUGUUUUAGUAGUUAUCAACAUUAACCAGAUCAUGGAUAAAUACAAAAUAUUAAGCACUGUUUGUUUUGUUGUCAGAUAAAAUCUGAACAAAUAUUUUAUGUCCUGGAAAAAAAAAAAAUGAAAUUGGAACGUGAUAUUUUGUGCUUCUGGCAUGGUGUGUUGAUGCUCUUUUGUAAGUUUGGCUUAGUUUCAGCUCACAUGACUUCCAGCUGUGUGUGAAUUUGAGAAUAUACUGUACAUGCUUUUUAUUACAGUUUUUGUAUUCGCUUUGGUACUUUUUUCACAAGUAUAUUUUCGAAACGUCAAACUGAUCACACUUGUGCUUUCAUUCUAGCUGUACAUGUUUUCAUUCUACAUAAACAUCAUUUCAAAACACAA